AUGUCUCUGCAUGAUCGCCUUUAUCACUCGUUCACUGAGAAAUCGUGGCCAACCUUCUUGAAGAUGCCCAGCAAGGGUCCAGUCGCGUUUAAGACGCGAUCCCUACAUCCUGCACGGAAGAGGAGGUGGGUACAGUGGGUUGGUUGGUUGGUCUUCGUGGUUACAGUUAUUGAGACAUACGCACGUCUUGCCGCUUGUCCCGAGAUCUCUCUUCUACAGCGGUUUAACUCUCCGAGCACGGCCUUUUCGCUUCGUCCUGGUCAAUAUCGGGAAAUCGGGGGCUUUCAAUAUAUCUCUGACAGCCAAGAUGUAAAUGAUAAUGAGGUUGAUGAGACGGGGAACCUUCACGACAUCAGAAACGAACAGUACUAUCUAGGUGGGACUUUGACUCUUACUGGUAGCUCUGGUAUCUCUGAUAUCUCUGAUUUCACUGUCCCUGGUUCUCCCCACCCUGUUCCCUUAAUCUACGAUCCAUACCCACAAUACAACACCAGGCAAUGGCGACGCAAACACCAUGGACAUUUCCAGCCUUGCUUAGGCCCGCGUGGCCGUGACCUUGAUCGAACCAAAAUGGAGGAUAUGGUCAUGGUAUACAAGGGGAAGCAAGUCGGCUUUCCGCAACCGAGCUUUGGCUCGCACGAGGCAAUGGAUCUGGACGGGGACGUAUGUACGGACCGCUACUCUCGCUUUGGUGCAUACGGGUACGAUGACGAAAAUGACGAUGAAAUUCCGGGGUUCUCUAGGCCACCUCCCGUGAAUUGGUUCGAGUUGGACUGGUACAAUCUACAAGCUCUUUGCUAUGAGAGAAAUGCAGAUCGGUAUUCGCAAGAUUUCUCCAUGAACGACACACGCCAUGGACCUCUCUCUUUCGAAUUGAGAGAGCCCCCGAAAAAGAUGUAUGAAUCAGAGAAAAGUUCCGAAAAAUUGAAAGGCAAACAACAUCAGCCUCGGUCUGCAGUCCUUAUUCGAGCGUGGAACAGUAUGGUUUGGACGGCCAACCAUCGUGAAUACCUUCGUGCGCUGAUUAUGGAGUUGUCUUUACACACCGGUGGUGAGUAUGAAGUUUUUCUAUUGGUUCAUGUCAAGGACGAUAAUCUACCGAUCUUCUCGGACCGAAAAACAAUGGAGGAUUUGCGGAGAUCCAUUCCUGUGGAGUUUCGGAACAUUGCGUUGUUCUUCAACAAUAAACUAUUGGAGGCUUGGUACCCCAAGAUUGAGGAGCAUAGUCCAAAGUUACAGCACCACCAACCAUUACAGAUAUUCUCACAGUUGUAUCCCAACUUUGAAUACUACUGGCAACUUGAGAUGGACGGUCGCCAUACGGGACAUGCUUAUCACUUCCUCGAGCAAGCGGCCACAUUCGCAAGGCAGCAGCCUCGCAAAUAUCUAUGGGAGCGAAACGCCUACUUUUAUACCCCGGGUGCUCACGGCCCCUGGAAGAACUUCACCGAACUAGUCAACGCAAGCCUCGCCGAGAAGCCAGAAACCACAAUCUGGGGUCCCGUGUACGGAACAGGAAUACGACCUCUGGGCCCUGAGCCACCAGUCGAGAACCCUUCCCUUGAUAGCUUCACUUGGGGUGUCGGCGAAGAAGCUGACCAUAUCACAUUCCUUCCUAUCUUUAACCCAAAAGACACACAAUGGACAUUCCCUGACAAGAUCUGGAACUUCAAGUAUGGUGUUGAGACGCCUCGUCGAGCCGCAGUUAUCACCAUGGGCCGCUACUCCCGACGUCUCCUGGACUUGAUCCACCAUGCACAGGCCACCCGUGGCCUGGGUCUAGCAUCUGAAAUGACGGGUACUUCCUGGGCGCUCUUCCAUGGUCUUAAGUCUGUGUAUGUCCCGCACCCGAUGUAUGCGGAUGGCCAGUGGACACCACAGGAGCUGGCCAGGAUAUACAAUCGGGGCUCACCAGAGAAUAUCAACGGGGGGUCCGAUAGUAUUUGGACUUGGAACCAUCUCUAUGAUCACAUUAUGUAUCGUCUCUCGUAUAUGUUUACCACGCAUACGGGGGAAGAUUUGUACAGGCGAUGGCUUGGAUACCGGACCGCUGAGAAUGAAGGUGGCAAAAAGUCGUCUGAAGCUCGCUAUGGUCGACCUUGCUUCCCAUCAAUGUUCUUACAUCCCGUCAAGAACACCGAUCGCAUGUUCGGGCCGGAUCGUGCAGUUCCCUGA